UAGGAGCUGUAAUGGCUGCCAUCCAGAUAGAACUGGCUAUUAGAAAUAGGAACAAUAUCCAGCGCUAAGAAAGCAACAAGAAUAUAUGAAUAAUUCACGUGGAAGAGGUGAAGAAGCAAUGAAUAACUUAUAGAGAACACUCCCUGAGAAUCUACUGCCCGGCCUUGCUUCCUGUCACCAUGACAACCGGCCGAGAUGCAAGCACUUCCUGUGCGGGCGGUCCGACUUCCGGUGGCUACGGCAACAUGGCGGCGCCCAUGAGCGUGCAGCUGGAGUUUGGAGGUGGCGCAGAACUGCUGUUCCAAGGAAUCAAGAAGCAUCAUGUGACCUUGCCCAGCCAAUCAGAGCCUUGGGACAUCAAGCUGUUGCUGGUUUGGAUAAAAGAGAAUUUGCUGAAAGAACGCCCUGAGCUAUUUAUUCAAGGGGAUACAGUGCGGCCGGGUAUCCUGGUUCUCGUGAAUGACGCUGACUGGGAGCUGAUGGGCGAGCUGGAUUACAAGCUUCAAGAUCAAGACAACAUUGUAUUCAUCUCCACGUUACACGGCGGAUAGAGGAAAACAUCUGGUGAUCUAGAUCAAACCAUUGAAUCUGUAGGGGGGUACGGUUGGUGGUGGGGAGUGGGGGGGGGGCCCUUGCAUUCCCAUCAGGUUGCGUAAUAUGACGUAAUUUUCAAUGAAGCGGGAUAUACAUGAGGGUGACGUCUGCCAAGUCUCAUGUCACGUCUCCGAACGAAUAGGUCAGAGCCAUCUGCUUUGUGACACCUCGGACAUCCCAUUUACCGGUGGCCUUAUAAAAACACGCCAAGAGCGCCCUUUAUUAGGGAUCGUGUAUUUUCGCAAUGCUUGUACGUCCCAUAUGUCACUCCAUUCAUAAUAAAUAUGACAAUUUUCA